AUGGCAAAACUCGAGCACACUCUGUUUGACGAAUGGAUAACUUCGCCAGAGGCGCAGGAUACUUCAUGUGAGGUUGCCCAUGUGUUGCACGAGUAUCGAGCGGUUUUUCCCGAUACCUUACCUAAGGGAUUACCGCCGAAGCGCGCUCAUGAUCACCAUAUUCUACUUGUGCCCGGAAAACUUCCCGCGAAAUCUGCAGUAUACCGUAUGACCCCAGAUCAGCUCACAUUCCACAAACAGGAGACAGCUAAAUUAUCGGACAAUGGUUGGAUCGGACCGACUUAUUCGCCUACUUGCUCUCCUACGAUCAUGGUGGACAAACGUGAUGAUGGCUCCGGGGAGCGGAAGAUGCGUAUGGUUGUCAAUUACCAGGCUCUAAAUGCCCUUGCGAUAGCCCCUGAUUUUCCACUACCUCCCAUCCAAACCAUUCUGGAGAUGCUGGGAGGCGCCAAGUAUUUCUCCACCUUGGACCUGGAAGCAGGAUUCCAUCAAAUACGUAUGGCUAAGGAAGACCGGUGUAAGACGGCUUUCUGGUCCGUUCUCGGACAAUUCGAGUACCGAGUGAUGUCCUUCGGCCUUAAGGGUGCUCCCGCUACGUUCCAGGCCAAUAUUAAUGCCUAUCUACAACCCUUUUUGGGACAGAGCGUUAUUGCGUACCGAGAUGAUCUACUUAUCUAUAGUUCCGAUCUCUCUGGGCACGUUUCUCUUCUGCGACAAGUCCUAAGCAUUUUUCUUAGACACCAGUUCUACCCAAAAUUCCGCAAAUGCAAGUUUGCAAAGCAAACAAUUACAUAUCUGGGUUACACCAUUUCUGCUGCGGGGAUCAAACCUGCAGAAGAUAAAAUCGCAGCCAUCCGGCAUUGGCCAGAGGCGCUGGAGAACGAAACGCAAGUGCGCCAGUUCCUCGGUACCGUAAAUUACUAUCGCAUGUUCAUGGGACCGGACUAUGCAGACGUUGCCCGGCCGCUGGUUGAUCUAACACGUUAA